GUUUCACUGAAUUUCAACAACUAUUUCUAGUUAUCAAACAAUAGUACUUUCCAUCCCCUCAGACCCUCUUUCCCGAUAUGGGAUUCAAUUCCCUUUUCAUCACCAUUUUUCUCAUUUAACCUUAUUUUGCUGCAAACCCCUUUAAGCCUAGCUGCUACCCUCUCUCUCAUUUGAUCAUUCACUUGAAAGAAACCAACAAUGGGUCGUGGGAAGAUCGAGAUCAAGAAGAUCGAGAACGCUACAAACAGGCAAGUCACUUAUUCAAAACGAAGGAACGGUUUAUUCAAGAAAGCCCAAGAGCUCACUGUUCUUUGUGACGCCAAGGUUUCAUUGAUCAUGUUCUCCAGCACUGGCAAAUUCCAUGAGUUCCUUAGCCCCAACAUCUCGACAAAAGGGGUUUUCGAUCUUUACCAAAAGGCCACAGGGAUUGAUCUAUGGAACUCCCAUUAUGAGAGAAUGGACGAAAAUUACAGGAGGUUGAAGGAGAUAAACAAGAAGCUGAGAAGGGAGAUUAGGCAGAGAAUGGGUGGAGACUUGAAUGAACUUAACAUUAAGGAACUGCAAGCUCUUGAAGCUAAAAUGGAUUCUUCUUUGCUAGCUAUACGUGAGAGAAAGUACCAUGUCAUCAAAACUCAAACAGACAAACACAAGAAGAAGGUAAGGAAUUUGGAGGAAAGACAUGCAAAUCUUGUCAUGGACUUGGCAAAGCUUGAUGAUCAAGAUGGAAUAGUUGAAACCGGAGGAUAUUAUGAAUCAACAAUGGGACUACUACCAACUGGAGCCUCUAAUUUAUAUGCCCUUCGCCUUUACCAAAACCAACAGCCUCCACUUGUUCUUCACCAUGGAACCAAUGAUCUUCGCCUUGCUUGAUGCUGGUCUCUGUGGGUGUCCCCUCCAUUGCAGACUGUAUUUAAUCUCUAUCUCUUCAUUACUAUACUGCUAACUCAUACAUUCUCUAUCUCUUCAUUACUAUACUGCUAACUCCUGUCAAUGUAUGUAUGUAUGUAUGUAUGAGUUAGAAAGUUGCAUGGUGAAUUAAUGGGUGCCUGAAAGUAGCAAGAUUUUCGGUGUACCUUAUUGCCCUAAUGACUUUUCUUUUCCUAAGACAAGUGAAAGUGUUGUUGCGUUAUUGAUGUAAUACAUAAAUUACUUUCAAUGCAUGCUCCCUUUGAUGGUA